GCAUGUCGCUGCCCUUCUGGUGCUUGCUGUGCCUGCAAGCCCAUGCCCAAGCCCAAUCGGCCAAUGCCGACCGCCGGACCUCAAAGGUUUUUCUGCCCACCAAGCACAGACAGUACUGUUAUGAGUGACUGCGUUGAGUGCCUGGCUCCAGUACCCCGCGGUCGCUUGUUUGGAUGCAAUAAUUUCCCCCCACCUCACGUCGAACAGUCACUCAUUGCAUCGUCGUAAACAAACAAAACGCUACAAAAUUCGAAUUCGAACAUGGCAACAAUUGUGCUGGGGUCCCAAUGGGGCGAUGAGGGCAAAGGAAAGCUGGUCGAUAUCCUGUGUCCGACAGUGAAGCUCUGUGCCAGAGCCCAAGGAGGGAACAAUGCCGGACAUACAAUCGUCGCCAAUGGGGUCACAUACGACUUCCAUCUCCUUCCCUCCGGCCUUAUCAACCCCGAAUGUGUGAACCUUAUCGGAGCCGGCGUGGUGUGCCACAUCCCAGCAUUCUUCAAAGAAUUGAAUGAUCUUGAAGCCAAGGGUCUGGAGAAUGUACGGUCACGAAUCUUCAUCAGCGACCGAGCACAAAUUGUCUUCGACUUACACCAAAUUGUGGAUGGGUUGGAGGAAGUUGAGCUGGGAGGCAAGAGUGUGGGAACAACGAGAAAGGGUAUCGGACCAUCAUACUCUACAAAGGCGGCAAGAAGUGGUGUUCGCAUAUCCGAGAUCUUUAAGGCCGAAUCUUUCAACGAGAGACUACGGAAGCUGGCUGCUGGAUACAAGAAGAGAUACGGCGAUUUGUUGACUUAUGACGUCGAGGAGGAGAUUUCGAGAUUCAAUGAUUAUCGGGAGAAGCUUGCACCAUACGUCGUCGACCAAGUACCGUUUAUGGAUUCGGCACAAAAGAGCGGUGCCCCUAUCUUGAUUGAGGGUGCCAAUGCACUAAUGCUUGACUUGGAUUUCGGCACAUAUCCAUACGUUACUUCAUCCAAUACCGGAUUAGGAGGCAUCUUCACCGGGCUUGCUCUUAAUCCUACCAAGAUUUCGAACAUUUUCGGUGUCGUCAAGGCAUACACGACAAGAGUUGGUGGUGGUCCUUUCCCUACCGAGGACCUGGAAGAGGCCGGAACAAAGCUACAAGAAAUUGGACGAGAGUUUGGUGUCACAACUGGCCGGAGGAGGAGAUGUGGAUGGUUGGAUUUAGUAGUCGUCAAGUACUCAACCGCCAUAAACCACUACACCGCCCUCAACGUCACCAAACUCGACAUCCUCGACACCUUCCCCACCAUCAAAGUAGCAACCGCCUACAUCGACCCCGCCACCGGCGCCGAACUCGAAUCCUUCCCCGCAGAUCUCGAACUCCUAGGUCGCGUCCAGCCCAAGUACAUCGAGCUCAAGGGGUGGGAGCAACCUAUCACGGGCGCGAAGUCGUUCUAUGAUUUGCCGAAGGCUGCUAGGGAGUAUGUGGAGUUUAUUGAGGAGUUUGUGGGUGUCAAGGUUAAGUUUAUUGGGACCGGGCCGGGGAGGGAGGCGAUGAUUACGAGAUGAUGGGGGGGUGAUGCGGGGCGAUGGGAGGUGAGGUGGAUGAGUUUGAUUUGCAUUGAUUUCCGUGGGUAAGGAAGGGUGGUCGGUCGGUCUAUUUAGAGGACUAGACAGUCAGUCGGUUUGCAUUUUAGUGAUUUCGUUUAUUACCGAAAAAGACGCGAUAGAAUGUAAAUACUUACCCAGCAAUUGAGGAAAAGUCUGACGAAUGAACUGUACCCUUUGUGGUUUCUUCA